AUGGUUUCGUUAAGGCAAAAGAAGAAGCAAAAUCCAGCAAAGCGAGCAUGGAAGAGCUUCACAAACAUGGUCAAGUCCAAACUCAGAGACAUCGAGAUCGCUGCAACGGUCAGAGAAUCAACGGCUCGUGUCAUUCGUUUCCUUUCUUGCCGUCUCAUCGUUCCUUUCCGCACAAGGUACCUCGAAAACACUAGCUAUUCAGACAAAUACUACAGCCGCAGCAGCAGCAACCAAACUACUUCUCGGCGGUUUCUCAACUUCUUCUCUCGAUCUCACACCAAAACCAAGCGUCGAAGCUAUGCAUACGAUGACGAUUACUCCCAGUUCUAUCAAUACCAAAACCAAUCACGCUACGAAGGGACGAGUCAGAGCAAAGAGAAAGUAGUUCGGCGAAAAGAAGAGAAAGUUGUGAAGCGAAAAGAGGAGAAAGAAGAAGACGAAGAGGGGAUGCCGGAGAUUGCUGAUUCGAUGGAAGAUGCGUGGAGGAGAGUGGUGGCUGCGUCGCCGCAUUUGAGGGUUGACGAGAGAGCCGACGAGUUCAUCUACAAGUUUAAAGAAAGUAUGAAGAUGGAGAAGGAAAGGUCGUUUCUUGAGUUUCAAGAAAGGUUAAAACGAAGUGCUUGAUUAAUUUCGCUAAUCAUGGUUUCAUGCCUGUCUUCAUGUUCUUAUCUUGAAAGGAUUGAUUGAAUUUUUCUGAGUAACUUCGUGUUCUCGUUCUUUCUUCUUUAUUAAAAUUUGGAUAAUUUCAAGUGUUAAUUUUUUUUUUCUUUUUUUUUCUGAUGUAUUGUGAAUACAUAUGGCUCACAUAUAUUCAAGAAGUGGUAAUGUACGCUUGAGGUGGUUAAAGAUCAUUCUUGAUUAAUGUUAAUGUAUAAACAGUUUCUUCUUA